GCGCGUGCCCUCAGCUGAAACCCGCCGUCCAGGCUGCGUCCGGCUGAGCCGUGCGGUCCGGAGCAAUUUGGAUUCUUCAGGUUGAGCACACGAAGCUGAUCCAACCAUGACGCAUGUGGCUUUGGAAGCGAAGGAGAGUCUGGAGGAACGGUGCAACCAGAUCCUGAGGAACAUGGAGGCGUCCCUGAUGGCCCGGGACCGCGUGGGCAUCCAGGACUUCGUCCUCCUGGACGCCUACACCAGCGAGAGCGCCUUCCUGGACAACCUGAGGAAACGCUUCCACGAGAACCUCAUCUACACCUAUAUUGGGACCCUGCUGGUGUCAGUCAACCCCUAUAAAGACCUGGGAACCUACAGCAAGAAGCAAAUGGAUACUUACAUGGGAGUGAACUUCUUUGAGCUUCCACCUCAUAUCUACGCCCUGGCAGACAACGUCUUCCGCACCAUGCUGUCGGAGUUCAACAACCACUUCAUCCUGAUCUCGGGCGAGAGCGGCGCGGGCAAGACGGAGGCCUCCAAGAAGAUCCUGCAGUUCUACGCCGUCAGCUGCCCCAGCACCAGGCUGCUGGACGACGUCAGGGACAGGCUGCUCCUCUCGAACCCCGUGCUUGAGGCUUUUGGAAAUGCCAAAACUCUAAAGAACGACAACUCAAGUCGCUUUGGAAAAUACAUGGACAUCCAGUUCGACCACCAGGGUGGUGCAGUUGGGGGUCACAUCCUGAGCUACCUGCUGGAGAAGUCCCGCGUGGUCCACCAGAACCACGGGGAGAGGAACUUCCACAUCUUCUACCAGCUGGUGGAGGGAGGAGACGAAGGCCUGCUCCGCUGGCUGGGCUUGGAGAGGAACUGCCAGCAUUACCGCUACCUGGUGCAGGGUGGUUGUGCCAAAGUGAGCUCCAUCAACGAUAAAAGCGACUGGAGGACGGUCCAGAAGGCCCUCGCCGUCAUAGAGUUCAGCGAGAGCGACACGGAGCACCUGCUCGGCGUCAUCGCGAGCGUGCUCCACUUGGGAAACGUCACGUUCGACGGCGACGCUCGAGGAUACGCCGCGCUCGGCAACAACCAGGAGAUGCAGUGGGUGUCGAAGCUGCUGGGGAUUCCUGCUCAGGUGCUGCAGCAUGGCUUGACCCACAGGAAGAUCGAAGCCAAAGCAGAAGAGGUGUUCACUCCCUUCUCUGUGGACCACGCGGUCUACGCCAGGGAUGCUCUUGCCAAAGCCGUCUACGGACGCACCUUCAACUGGCUCGUUAGCAAGAUCAACGAGUCGUUAGCUAACAAGGACUCCUCCAGGAAGACGGUGAUCGGCCUGCUGGACAUCUACGGCUUUGAGGUUUUCACCGUCAACAGCUUCGAGCAGUUUUGCAUCAACUACUGCAACGAGAAGCUGCAGCAGCUGUUCAUCCAGUUGACGCUCAAGUCGGAGCAGGAGGAGUACAAGAUGGAAGGGAUCGAAUGGGAACCAGUGCCAUAUUUCAACAACAAGAUCAUCUGUGACCUUGUGGAGGAGAAAUACAGAGGAAUCAUCUCGCUGCUGGAUGAGGAGUGUUUACGUCCAGGAGAGGCCACGGAUCUAACCUUCCUAGAAAAGAUGGAGGAGAAGAUUGGUGGUCACCCUCAUUUUGUCACACACAAGCUCGCUGAUCAAAAGACAAGGAAAACGCUGGGACGAGGAGACUUCCGCCUGUUGCACUACGCUGGGGAGGUCACGUAUUGUGUAACCGGAUUCAUGGAUAAAAACAAUGAUCUCCUGUAUCGGAGUGGCAAGGAGGUCAUGCAACAGUCCAAAAACCCUAUUAUUCAGCACUGCUUUCCCUCUAACGAACCAGACAGCAAGAGGAGACCUGAGACUGUGGUGACUCAGUUCAAGGGCAGCCUGAUGGGCCUGACUGAGAUCCUCAUGUCCAAGGAGCCCUGGUACGUCCGCUGCAUUAAACCCAAUGAUGCCAAGCAGCCAGGACGCUUUGACGACGUGCUGGUGAGACAUCAGGUGAAGUACCUGGGGCUGAUGGAGCACCUGAGGGUCAGACGGGCCGGCUUCGCUUACAGACGCAAAUACGAGAUCUUCCUACAGAGGUAUAAGGCUCUGUGUCCGGACACGUGGCCCAAAUGGAAAGGCUCAGCAGCGGAGGGAGUGCAGCUCCUCAUCAAGCACCUGGGCUACAGGUCCGAUGAGUACAAGAUGGGCAGGACAAAAAUCUUCAUCCGCCACCCACGGACCCUGUUUGCAACAGAGGAUGCGUUUCAGGUCUGCAAACAUAAGCUAGCCACGAGGAUUCAGGCCAAAUACAAAGGCUACAGGGUGAAAGAGGAGUACCUGAAACAGCGAGAGGCCGCUACUAAGAUCGAGAACUGCUGGAGAGGUCUGAUGGCCCGGAAGGAGCGGGAAAGGAGGGCCUGGGCCGUCAAGGUCAUCAAGAAGUUCAUUAAAGGUUUCAUGACCAGAAAUCAGCCUGCGUGCGUGGACAACACUGAGUACCUGGCGUACGUGAGGCAGAGCUACCUCUUGCGCCUAAAGGACAACCUCCCCAGGAGCGUCCUGGAGAGAGACUGCUGGCUCUCGGCUCCGCCCGUCCUGCAGGAGGUGUCCCGGCUGCUGAAGGCGCUUUACGUCCGUCACAUGGUGCGCGAGUACGUCCGAGGGACCCCCCCGCAGAAGAGAGCCCAGCUUCAGCUGAAAUCCCAGGCGAGCUCCAUGUUCAAAGGGAAGAAGGAAAACUAUCCCCUCAGCGUUUGCCGACCGUUCCUGGAGACGCGGAUCGGGGAAGAUGAUAUAAACCCCAAAGUGUUGCAGAUGAUCCGGCACGAGCACAUCAAGUACAGCGUUCCCGUGGUGAAGUACGACCGCAACGGGUUCCGGCCCCGCCUCCGGCAGCUCGUCUUCACCGCGGCCGCCGCCUACCUGGUGGAGGAGGCCAAGGUCAAGCAGCGGCUCGAUUACAGCUCCCUGAAAGGGGUGUCGGUCAGCAACCUGAGCGACAACUUUCUCAUCCUCCACGUCGCGUGUCACGACGCCAAGAAGAAGGGAGACCUCGUUCUGCAGUGUGACUACCUGUUUGAGGCUCUGACCAAGAUGACUGUUAUUGCCAACAAGCAGAACUGCAUCAACGUGGUGCAGGGCAGCGUGCGAUUCGACAUCCAGCCCGGUCGAGAGGGGUUCGUGGACUUCAAGACGGGUCAGGAGUCUGCGGUCUACAGGGCGAAGAACGGACAUUUGAUGGUGGAGUCAACAAGAACCAAGUCGAGAUGAUGAUGAUGAUGAUGAUGAUGAUGAUGAUGAUGAUGAUGCGGAUACAGUUCAAAACAAAGCCACUAUUUGUUACACAGUUAAAUAUAUGCUACUAUAAUGAGAUUACUGCCAAUAUCUGACCACAACACCUGCUGUAGAGGGAAAUAUUAUGUGUUCAGCCAUGAAUGUGUCAGUGUCUGUGCUCAUACCUGCUGAUAACUUCCUGUAGUCUUUCAUUAAAACAUGAAACACACCUAACCCUCACCCUUAAUGUAAAGUAUGUGUUUUAGGACAGAGAAAUAAAUUAACCAAAGGUCCACAUGCACCAGAAUCAUGGAGUACUGUAUAAUAUGUGACUGUGAGGCGGUUCCUGAGGCAGCAGCGCCACCUACAGGCUGACUGCCGCCACUUCAGGGAACGUUUGACCUAAGUGUUGUGAAAGAAGACAAUUAAAGAAUAAAAGUUCCAUCAACAAUCAUC